AAGAUGCUGGAGGUGCCCAUGGCUGGACCCAGGGCUCAGGAGUCUGGGAGAAUGUGAUCUGCACCCUGAGAUCCCGAGAGCUGGAGCAACUGAGCAAGACAGGGAGGGACCAGUAAACAAACACACCUAGGGAGUGAAUCUGGGGGGUGGAACCGGGACCAGAUUCAUCAGCCUGACGCAGUAGGGGCCAUGGGCCCUCAGGUCCUGCGCCCCACACCUCUCACAUCCUCCCCACCCCCUACUUCAUUGGGCUGGAGCCUUCAGGGUCUUCUCUGUUCUGUGUUUGUUGCUUUCAGCUGCGUCUGCCGCUCCAGAGUUCUGUCUGUCACCUUCCCCCUCACUCCUCCCCACCUCCCCUUGUCUCAAGCUGUUCUCGGCUCUGUCAGCUCAGCUCCCUGUCUUUGUUUGCUCCAUCUUUCCCCUCUCCGUGCAUUUGAGUCUCUCAAGGUCACCCUCCCAGAAGGCCUGGCCCGGAAUUAUCCCGGGGGCGUGGUGUCUCAAUGUGGAAUCAAGAAUACCCUCUCCCACAUGCCCCCUCCACACAAAGCUCAGCUGUGUAAGUGGGACCCCACCCAGCUUCACAUCCCUUUGAUCCCCCCAAGCCUCAACAUUUGUACCCCAUAAUUAUCUCUCUCAGCUUUACUACUGCGGAGGAAGGAAUUAAUCAUGGGUGGGGCCAGAGGGACAGAUGUGUUUCCACUGGGGGGGAGGUUCAGAAAGACAGGAAGGAAUGCAGAGAAAGUAUAUAGGAGGUGGUGGUAGAUUCUGGAAAACUGAGGUUAAGACAUUGAGGAGGAGAGCCUGAUCUGGGGAAUCAGAGCAGGGAUGUGUCAGGAGUAAGAUAGGGGUUGGAGGAGGGCAGAGGAGACGGAUAUCCUUUUUUUUUUUUUUUAAAUCUCAGGACCUCUUUAUACUCUUAAAAAUUACUGAAGACCCAAAAGAGCUUUUCUUUGUGUGAGUUAAUAUUGGUAUUUACUAUAGUAUUUACUAUAUUCAAAAUCAAAACAGAACAUUUUAAAUAGGUUUAUUUAAAAAUAAAAAUAAUAAACCUAUUACAUGUUAACAAAAUACAGUUUUGUGAAAAGUAACUUCUUUCCCAACAGCACAGGAGUGUGGCUCUACACUUUGGGAAUUAUGUAAAAGUCAGGCUGAAUGGAAGAUGGCCGGGUUAUCACACCUGCUUCUGUGCUCAGGCUGUUGGGAUAUGUUAUUUUGGUUGCAGUAUGCUGGGAAAAGCCGACCUUGUAUAGAUAUGUAGGUGGAAAAGAAGACCACCGAGGGCCCUCUGGUCAGGAGUUCUGGGGCCACAGCUUGAGCACCACUGAGGAUGGAGGGAUCUGGGGGUUCCGGAGGAUGGAGGAUGCCAGCAGCUCUUUCUCCCGCGGGGGGCCCUCCCUGUCCCCAGUGGGGCCCCAGUGCCUGCUGGGGGAGAUUCUUUCUUCCCUUUUUAUUGCCCUAUAAAGCACAAGGCAAGGGGGAUAUAAGGCUGGCUGAUCAGAGCCAGGGAGAGGGGAAGGGAGAGAGGUGAUGCUGACACAAUGAACUCCCUACUUGUCCAGAUCCUGAUCAGCACCCUGCUGGGGUCUGCCUUGGGAAACCACAGGCAGUGCUUCCAGUGCAAAGGAGGCCCCAGCAGCUCCUGCAAAGAACCGGUGACCACCUGCGGGGAGGAGGGGCCUUGCAGCUUCCUGGAGCGCAAGCCCCAGCCUGGCCAGGGGCAGAACAAGCUGUCUGGAAACCCCUCAGUGGCCUUGAUUCAUCACUAUCCAGACUGCGUGGCGGCCCAUCAUUGCAAUCAAGUGGAAACAGAGUUGGUGGGAGACGUGACUUACACAGCCCACAGGGACUGCUGCGUCGGAGACCUGUGUAACAGCGCUGUGGCAAGCACUGCGGCCCCGCCACGCAUCUUGGCUGCAGCAGCCACUGCCCUGGCCUGGCUCUUGCCAGCACUGUGGCAAGGCUAGUAGGCUCGGGGAAGGGAGGGGAGCAAGGGAGCAAAGGAACGAAGGAGAUCCGAGGUGAGAAGACAAACACCCCUCUGUGAGCCAUUAAAAUCUAUCCACCGCUCUA